AUGACCGAAGAUACCGUUGAUACCAUCGACCCAAACGAAUCGAAUGAAGAUUCUGCAGAUGAUGAUAAAGAUAAGAACAUAGAUGAGUUACCCGAAGCUGAAGAGAUACAACCAUCGAUAGAAGACAAACCGAUUCCUGGUGAAGAUACUGCAGGUGAUGAACAGAAACCGGUAGAUCAGUUACCCGAACCUGAAGAGAUACAACCAUCGGUAGAAGACAAAUUGGAACCGAUUCCUCGGGAAGAUACUGCAGAUGAAGAUCAGAAACCGGUAGAUCAGUUACCCGAAGCUGAAGAGAUACCACGAUCAGUAAAAAUUCAACUGGAACCAGUAGAUGUUACAGAUGAAAAGCACGAAUUGAUUGAUAGUACAAAUGAACCUGUAGAAGCUGCGGUAGUCAAAGAAACGUUUCAAGAAGACAAAACGGUACAAGCUAAUUUUGGAACUGCUAUAUCGAACGCUUUUCUCGAUACAAUGUCAUACCAAGAGAUACAUAAAAAGGACACGCCUACCGUAAUAGAAAAUUUAGAAGCCUCAUCAGCGGAACAAGAAGAAGAGGAGGAGGAAGAAGAAGAAGAAAGUACACUUACCUCAAUAUCAACUGCUUUAGCAUCUAGAUCCUUUUAUUACGAAAAACUUAGACUAGUUUCAAACGAAUUGAAAUCUAGCAGAAUGUUUAAUCAAAUUUUACAAAAAAAAUUAGCUGUUUACUAUAGACAGAAAAAUAUGCUCCACGCAUUCAAAGAAGAUGAAACCGGAAUUGGAAUUGUCAAUAAAUAUCACAUACUGUUGAACAAAUUCGAAGAAGUUUGUAUAUACGAUAGAAAAGAAAGAGACAAAAUGUCCCGUCAAUUUACCAUGAUACGCAAUAAAAAGGAAGCAACUAAAAUUAAAUUAGACCAGAUAUUUAAGGACUUUCAGGAUAGGGAGAGGGAAAUCGGGAUUGGUUUGAUUCAUACGAAAACUGGAAACGAAAUACCUGAAAAGUACGUGGAACAUCUUCUUAACCGACAGAAGUUUGCGGCGAAAAAUAUCAGCGAGAUGCGAUUGACUUGGUUGCAGUUGAAGAAUAUGGUAGAAGAAAAAGAAGAAGCCAUAGCGGAUAUCGAUAAAAUCGAUGACAAUCAUACUCUAACCGGUUACGAGAAGUUGAAAGCAGAUUAUUUCAUGCUUUUCGAUAAACUAGAAGAAAGAUUAGGGGAAUUAACGAACGUCAGAUUUACGAUUCAAAAUACUAUACAGAUGUUGGCGCAUUUUAGAGAGAAAAUAUCUGCGUUGAAUGACGAUAUUAAUGAACUGGGAGAAGAAGAUCAAGAGCUGAAUAGAACUUAUAAUUUAUGUAGAAUGAAGGUAGCGAAUUUGAAGAUGGAAAGAGACUCGUUACGUCGAUCAAUUGUGAAAAUUAAAGAAGAAUCGGGUCUGUUGAUUCACAAUAAUUUAUUGCGGGACAUGGAGAAUUGUAUAGAAGAAGUUAAGCAGUUGAAAAUACAAAUGAAUACAUUAAAGAACGAUUGUAUCACUAAAGCCAAACAGGUGAAAAAUUUAAGGAGUAAAAUUUUGGAGCGAAAUAACUACGGUUUAGAAACAAAACACGUAUGUGGAAAAGAUAGUGUUAAAUGUCGAAAAAAACGGAGUGUGACGAAUUUCCAAAAAACACUCAGUACGUAUAAUACAAAAAUACCUACCGACGCCUUUGAUUAUAUAAAACAAGAUUUUCAACUCAAAGGUGUUAGGAUAAAGUUUGACGAAGCGCGCGUGUCUUCGGAAAAGUGACAAAAAUAUAAAAGUAAAUUAUAUUUUGUAAGUUUUUUUUAAUAAAUCGUAUUAAAAACCA